AAAGUUUUCAAUUCUGUCACGCAAAGACAACUUAUCUGAAAUAUCUAAUCACAGUGUUUACUUUCCACUGAAAGACUUGUGCGCCUAUAAUCUGAAAAAUACAUCUUUUGCUUCAAUAACAGUGUUUUCUUCCUCCGGCGCAGCCUCUCAAAAUUUCAAAUUCCGGUCACUGUUCAUUCACACUCCGGCGAGAUGAAAAUUCCUGUAUUCCUACUUCUACUAAUCACUGUAACUCUCAAUCCAAUUGUUUCAGUCGCCGAUUCCGCUUAUCCCUCGCCGUAUGGUAUUGAAACGACUACCUCCUGUCAAUCUACUGACUUAAUUCCUGUCCGUCGGGAAGUUUACGGCAACGGAAGGAUUUUCGACAUUACUCACAGAUUGACCCCUGAUAUGCCGUCCUGGGGCUUAGAAGACGGGCUUGGCCAGUUCCUGUGGCUACCUAAGAGCAUGAAGAAUGGCUCUCUUGCUAAUAACUCCGAGAUGAAACUUCCGACCCACACUGGCACGCAUAUUGAUGCUCCUGGCCAUGUUUACGAUCACUAUUUCGAUGCUGGCUUUGAUGUCGACACUCUCGACCUAGAAGUUCUCAAUGGUCCUGCAUUGCUAGUUGAUGUUCCUAGAGACAAGAACUUAACUGCGGAUGCUAUGCAAUCCUUACAUAUUCCCAAGGGAGUCAAACGAGUACUUUUCAGAACACUAAACACUGACAGGCGGCUUAUGUGGAAAAAGGCAUUCGACACAAGCUAUGUCGGAUUCAUGAAGGAUGGAGCUCAGUGGCUAGUGGACAACACUGACAUCAAACUUGUUGGAAUUGAUUACUUAUCUGUUGCUGCUUUUGAUGAUUUGCUUCCUGCCCAUCAUGUUUUCCUGAAAAGCAGGGAGAUUAUUCUAGUAGAAGGGCUGAAGCUGGAUGAUAUAGAAGCUGGCUUGUACACUGUACACUGUCUUCCCUUAAGGUUGCUUGGUGCGGAGGGAUCACCUAUUAGAUGUAUACUGAUUAAGUAACACUCUCCUCGUAUCUGCCUCAGCCACAAGGAAGCACUGGACUGGAGAUAGCAUUGAAUAAGAAAAAAUGCUGCAAAGGGGACAUAGUUUAGGCUGUAAUUUUUAUCAGCUGUUACGCUGACAAUGCGUUGCUUGAGCAAAUAAUCUGCAGUUUUCAUGUAAUGUGUUAUGGUUUUGUGGAUUGACAGUGUCAUUAACAUAUUUAGAUCCAAGUUAUUUUUUUCGCCAUUA